ACGCCUUUCACGGUAUUUUGGGAUUCAUUCGAAAAAAUAUCGCUGUAAAAACAGAAACAGACUGAGUACCAAACAUUGUCCCUUGGUCUAAAAAUAGUAGUCCUAAUUCCGGCCUUUUUACGAUAGAACGACAGGAUGCCACCUAAAAAGGUAGAAGAGCCGGAAAAGAAGCCACUGAUAGGACGAGUGGGCACAAACUUGAAAGUGGGCAUAGUUGGAGUGCCUAAUGUUGGCAAAUCCACAUUUUUCAAUGUGCUCACCAAAAGCCAAGCUGCAGCUGAAAACUUUCCUUUCUGCACCAUAGAUCCUAAUGAAAGUAGGGUGCCUGUGCCAGAUGAAAGGUAUGAGUACCUUUGCGAGUACCAUAAACCCGCCAGUAAGGUGCCAGCUUUUUUGAACGUCGUGGACAUCGCUGGAUUGGUGCGCGGCGCAGCUGAAGGGCAAGGCCUCGGCAAUGCAUUUCUUUCUCAUAUUAAAGCUUGUGACGCCAUUUUUCACCUAUGCCGUGCGUUCGAAGACGAGGACGUGACGCAUGUGGAUGGCGACGUGAACCCGGUACGAGAUUUGGAAACCAUCGGUGAAGAGCUCCGUUUGAAAGAUGAGGAACAACUCAUGAAGGAUAUAGAGAAACUAGAUCGUGUCGUCAACCGUGGCGGUGACAAAAAACUGAAGCCUGAAUACGAAACCUUAAUGAAAAUAAAAAGUGUACUAGUGGAUGAAAAGAAACAUAUUCGCUUUGCCGACUGGAGUAUGGCUGAUAUUGAAGUACUAAAUAAAUAUUUGUUCUUGACAUCAAAGCCAGCCAUAUACCUCGUUAAUUUGUCCGAAAAAGAUUACAUGCGGAAGAAAAAUAAGUGGCUGCCAAAAUUAAAGGAAUGGAUUGAUAAGAACGAUCCUGGUGCGCCACUUAUUCCAUUCUCGGGGGUGUUAGAAACCAAACUAAUGGAAAUGGACCCUGAAGAACGCAAAGCUUUCUUGAAGGAACAUAACAUUACAAGUGCAUUAGAUAAAAUCAUCAUAACUGGAUACAAGGCGCUUCAACUCGAGUACUUCUUCACGGCAGGUCCGGAUGAAGUGAAAGCAUGGACGAUUCAGAAAGGAACAAAAGCACCUCAAGCCGCUGGCAGGAUCCACACGGACUUCGAGAAGGGCUUCAUCAUGGCCGAAGUAAUGCAUUUCAAAGACUUCAAGGAAGAGGGCUCGGAAGCGGCCUGCAAAGCGGCGGGAAAGUACAGGCAGCAAGGUAGAAAUUACGUAGUUGAAGAUGGAGAUAUCAUCUUCUUCAAAUUCAACGCGGGCGCAGGACUAAAGGACGCUAAGAAGAAAUGACGUGACAAGGUACUUCUCCUUUUGGUGCAUAUGUUGUACCUGAACCUCGUUCUCUAUACUCUAUUACACGUCUCUUGAGCUAAGCUUAGAACUGUUUUUUAUUUUAUUUAUAAUUUCAUUAAGUGAUUCGCGUUGUAAUGCUGUUUCUGAUCUGUGUUGUAAUUUAAAGAAUGCUUAAUGGGUAAAAAUGUAAAUGUUCUGUCUGUUUUUUAAUAAUAAAUAAUAAUGUACAGUUAUUCUAAGUCCGUUCACGUUCAUGUUGUAGAAGUUAAUUUACAUAUCACAAUGGUUAAAGUAUUGAUUCGUUUGAGUUAUCUUAUGCAUGUCACGUGAUUUUUAAACCAUAUUAAUGUUCAGGUUCCGUUCUCUAUUUGCGCUCUUAAUACAUAAUACAUACAUAGAAUUACGUUCAUAUUUUUCUGAUCAAUCUAUUGUGUACAUAGCACAUACAUAGUACAAGCAAAGCUAUUUAAUCUUGUAGUUUUAAAGCCUUAGCCUAUAAGUAUUGUA